UACAAAGUAAUAAGCCACGUGCCUAGGGCACGUUUAGCCCAUUCACAGCCUACUUACAACAUGUUGCAAUCUCUGAGUAGAAGAAGAGAGCUCUUGAGAGGCAGAGAGCCCUUUAAGUAAUAAAUUGUGAUCUUCCAGGUGGAGACUCAGGCGAGAUUAUAGGGAAUACUGGGAAGUAUCAAGGACUUCUGGGGACUGAAGUCUGGGGUUCAAAUCUCCAUUUUUACAAUUGGCAGCAAUACUCAUCAACAAAUCCCUCAACAUUAAUUGUUAGAAAAUUUCCUGCAGGGCAAGUAUGGCUUUGUGCACAGAUCUUUGUAUGGCGUUGUGUCCCCUCCCUCCUUAUUUGAGUACCACAAGUGCCUAUAUUGAGACCUGUUAUAAAGCAUAGCCCAUAGUGAUUCUGGUCCCAGAAUCCUAGGAGAACUAAGACAUCGUUACUUAAAGGCUCAUUGCAUUCUCUCAGUAGAACCAAUGGUCAAGAGCUGGCAUCCUUUCUCAAAGAGGAGUAACCACUGGAGAAUCUUUGUGGAUAAAAUGUCAAAAAACAGUAAGACUGAGUCAAAGUGGUGAAUACUGGGAGACAAUGUAAUACCAUGAAGAGCCACAUAACUAUCCAGGAGCAGAGGGACAGCAAAAGAGCCACAGUGAUACAGAUACAGAGCUUAACAUUGUGAGAUGCACUUUCCAGUGCUAGGCACACAGAUGGAUUAGAAAGGUUGGUCUCUUCCAUUGUUAAGAAAGCAUUUUCUGUGUACCAAAGUAUUCCCUACUUGGGAAUCUUCAACAUGGGCAAAUAAAAUUUGAUUCUCACAUCUUUAUUUGAAUGUUUUUCAUCCCUGGAUACCUCUGUAGGGAAAAUGUCUACUGUUUGGCUUCAAGUUGGACAAUGUGGCAACCAGAUAGCUCAGGAAUUGUGGCACAACCUGGGCAUUGUUACUGGAACCUGUGGAAAAAUAGAUAGGAAUCCCUUCUGUUCCCGAGAUGGAAAACUCAGCGCUAUCUGUGUGGACAGUGAACCCAAAGUGAUCAAGAAAAUGCAGAAACAAAUGAAGAAAGGUUUAUUUCGAGAAUCAAACCUAAUAUUUGGAAAACAGGGGAAAGGGAAGAACUGGGCAUUUGGCUACUACAACAAGCCUUCAAACUGUGAAAAGAGUCUUCUCUACAGGACCAUGGAGAGGCUUCGGAAGGAAGUAGAACUCCGAGAUUGUUACAGUGGGACUGUGCUUUUUCACAGCCUAAGUGGUGGCACAGGAGCAGGUCUUGGCUCUCAUCUCUGUGAGGAAAUCAGAGAUGAAUAUCCUUUAGGACAGAUUCUGUCUGUAACGGUGGCCCCAUACCAGACGGGCGAGUGCCCUCUUCAACAUUACAACAUUCUGUUGUGCCUUUCUUGGCUUCAGAGUUAUGCAGAUGGCAUCUUUCUGUUCCACAAUGAUGAUGUCCUGAAGAGAACAGCAGCCAGCAUGGAGAAAAAAAAUAUCCAUGAACCCAGAAAGCUAACCCAAGUGUCCCUGUCCAACAUGAACACCUACAUUGCAGACUGUGUGGCAGGACUCUUGUACCCAGUCAACAAUUUCCGACCAACCAGUGGGCUGAACAUGGGAGUAGAACCCUGGGAGUUACUACGAUCUGUCUGUCCUGUGCCAACCAUGAAAUUCCUUCAUGUUGCUCAGACCAGUACCAGAGGUCAGGUGUUUUGGGACAGCAUGGUUUCAUCAAUGACUCACUUCUUGGCUCCUGAGUCAAGUACUGGGGACCCUUUUUAUAGUACUUCUUUGCUGUUGGUGGCCCGAAGUAACCACUGCUCUUUGAUCCGACCCCAGAGUUCUGCGGUGAAGAGGCUGCAGAGGGCCUAUGGCUGUGUAUCCUGGAACCCUUUCCCCCUCUCUCUUUGGACAGCUUCCUAUGAUAUGAAGGACCCAGGUGGUCAGAGGCACUCACUCACUGUCUGUGCCAACCAUAGCAGCAUCAUUGAUCUGCUGAAACACACUCUGGAGAAAGCACAAAAAAUGUACUCGGCCAAUGCAUAUACUCACUGGUAUAGGCAAUAUGGCUGUGAGGGGAGCGAUUUUGAGCAGGCUUUUGAUACCCUCUACACAGUGGAGGCUGAGUAUCGCAGUGCAGGAGAAUGGUGACAAUUCUCAGAUAAGCAUUGUGCAAAAGCCCUAUUGAAUGGACUGAACUGAAUUAAAGCCAGAGGACCUGAUCACAGGUUAAACGAUUCCCCAGAUCUCAAAGAAAACUCCUGAUUCCUACCCAUCUUGGAAAAGGCAGCCUCUGCUUUUAAUAGUUGAGAAAUACUCCUAAAAAGAUAUGCCAACACUCAGCAACCUAGAUAAAAGGCUAACUGAAUAAUAUAUCAACAGAUUAAAAAUGAUCUUUUUAUUCA